AUGGCAUCUUCAUCAUCAUCUUACCAGCAAAAUCAUGAAUUAAAUGCUUUCUCUGGAUUUGAACCUCCCGGCAAUAGAAGGAAGGUUUCUGAAUCUGCAAUAUUGUAUGAUGUUUUCAUUAACCACAGAGGCCCAGAUGUCAAACAAACUUUGGCUGCUCGGCUUUACAACUCCUUUGAGCAGUUGGGAAUACGGGCGUUUCUUGAUUCCAAGGAGAAGGAACUAGGAAACUCGUUUCCUUCUAUUAUUGAGACAGCCAUCUGCUCUGCUAAGGUACACAUAGCCAUCUUUUCCAAAACAUAUGCAGAGUCACCUUGGUGUUUAGCUGAGCUGGUUCUCAUGUUAAAAAGUACCGCCAAAAUUACCCCCCUGUUCUAUCAAGUGAAACCUUUUGAUCUCCGGUACAUAGAAGGGGGAGCAUAUGCUGAAGCAUUCAAUAAAUAUAGAGAGAAGAGCAGAUACCUUGAGAAGCUUAGCGAGUGGAAGGAAGCCCUUCAGUCUCUUUCACUUAUAGACGGUGAAGAAUUUUACAGUGAUAGGGAUUACCGAGAGAUAGUAGCAGCUGCGCAGAAAGAUGUGCAAAGAAAAACACCUUUACAUGUUGCUGAAUAUCCAGUGGGACUUAACAAUCUUGUGGAUGAUUUUCGAAGGCGAUGCCUUGAUGAACUUGUACAAGAUAUUGAUAUUCAGUGCGGGCAGGAAGAAAGGAAGCAUAAGGCUAAGGUAAUUGUUACAUGCUCUACUGUCAUGGAUAUCCUUAAAAAAUCUGGUAGUAGUCUGGUUAUUGUCACAACCCGUGACGUUGGUGUGCUUAUAACCGCAGGGAUUACUGUUGGUUAUAAUUUAAAAGGAAUGGGUAGAAGUCAUGCCAGAGAACUCUUUUGUUGGCACGCCUUCGACCAAGCUCAUCCGUGCAAUGGGUAUGAGGAGCUGAGUGACGACUUUGUAAACGCCUGUGGAGGCUUACCUUUGUCGCUUCAGGUUCUGGGCAGACACGUCCGUGGCAGAAAUCACAGUUAUUGGAGCUCAGAAUUGACUAAAGGUGAAAAGAUGCUGCAUUGGGACGUAAAGCAAAGGCUGAGAAUAAGUUUUGACUCAUUGGAUAAUGAAGAAAAACAGGAGCAAUGA